AUGGCCCUCCCCACCCCUGGAACUCUAACCGACCCCCACUCCUCCCGCACGAUCCCCUCCCCACUCCCUCUCGUUUCUCCAGCGCCGCCACGCUCCCCACUCUCCCCCACGACCUCUUCCCCCAUCCCGAUUCUGGAUCGGGGCGCAUGCCUGCGCCCCGUCGUCGUCACCCCACGACGCCGCUCGGACCCGCCCUCGCCGGACCGAUCCAUCCUCGACUCCUUCUCGCGGUCCUCUGCACCACCUCGUCGCCCGGGUCCGCCCCUGCCGCCGUCGACCACGCCGGCGCCGCCCCGUCCCCGGUCUCCUCCUCACCGGCUGACCCCGAGCCCGCUGCCAUUUCCCUACGGCCCUGCCGUGAGCACCACACCUCCCUCCUUCUUCCCCUCUGCCCUCCGCCCUCGCGCGUCGCUAGGCUCGCCGCAGCCCCGCUUCACUCCCCGCGUGUGCGCGCUCACCGCGUUUGUCGCGCGCCCCGGACGAGUCGCCCGCGCCCCUGCCUCGCAUCGCCACCGCGCCGCUCGCCCCGUCGACGCUGCCGCCUCCCCUACUCCUGCCUCGCUCCCGCAAACCCGGCUGUUUGCCACGCAGCCACCGCCACGCACGGCCAGCUGCUGCUGCUGCUGCGCCCCCGACCGGCCUCCUCGCCCGACCGCCGUGGCCACGUUCCGGCGCGCCUUGCCGCGCCACCACCUCCCCUCGUCGGCGCUCGCUGCUGCGACUGCGUCCGCAGCUCCUACGGUGCUCAUGUGCGAGCACGCGCCCCGCCCCUGGCCUGUGCCUCUGACCACAGGGCCCCCAUGGAAAAGAACAUAA